UCAAAGUUGUACCCAAAACAAAACAACUCCACGCCACAGCCGGUUGGUUGCGAAAUUGGUUCACUGCAAGGAUAAAUUAGAACCUUCCUGCUCCACGAUGGACGAUGGAAUAUGCCACAUAAAGGCGGAAUUUCUUAUUCCGCGUAUUGUGGAGAAGCCGGAUGAAACGGUAGAAAUCGUCGCUCCAGCAGAAAAGGAAGGUAAAGCCGAAGAUGCAAAGGUAGACGAUACCAGCGAACCGCCCGAGAAGAAGGGCCGCAUGGAGGGCAAUGCAGAGGAACCGCAGGGUAAGAAGAAGAAAAACCGUGGCCAGAACAAAUCACGCACGGUACCGUUCAAGGAGGAGGACGGGCUGCGACUCUGCAAAUCGCUGCUGGAUGGGAACCUGGGCGAAGAUGCGGCGAAGAAGUGCACCAAUGGAAACUGUCGCUUUUCGCACGAUCUGGACAAAUUUUUGCAACUCAAACCGAAGGACAUUGACGGCACGUGCUACAUUUACUCGACCAAGGGUUACUGCAACUUUGGCGUAACGUGCCGGUUUGCCGGUGCGCAUCUGGAUGAAAACCGUAGAAACAUUUACCCGGAAGAUUUUAAGCCCGACACGUCGAUGCUUGUUUCCACCUGGUUGAGUACUGAUUUGCAGCACAUACUACGCAAAAGGAAGUAUAAUUUUAACAAGUCGACUAAAAUCGUCAACAAGUUCGACCGACUACAGCAAGAGGAAAAGAAUGAGAAAGCUAAAUCAAACGAGCAGGAAAACGGGGAAGCAAAGGAUGAUGGCGAGCAGAAGCCGGAAAAAAGUAAACCGGCCGGUGCGGUAACGGACGAAGACGUGAUAAAGCUGCGCAGCGCCGAACGCAAGCGCAUCGUGUUCCGCGACAAGCUGUACCUCAGUCCGCUCACUACGGUCGGCAAUCUACCGUUCCGGCGCAUCUGCAAGGAGUACGGCGUCGACAUAACGUGCGGCGAGAUGGCCUGUGCCAUACCGAUCAUCAACGGUGCGAUCCAGGAGUGGGCGCUAACGAAGCGCCACUCGAGCGAGGAUCUGUUCGGGGUGCAGCUGUGCGGCCACAACCCGAAGCUAGUCACGUACGCGGCCCAAAUCAUUGCCGAGAAGGCGGAUGUCGACUUUAUCGACCUGAACACGGGCUGCCCGAUCGAUCUCAUCUUUAACCAGGGCGGCGGUAGUGCGCUGCUGCGCCGCCAGAACGUGCUGAAGGUGAUGGUGCAGAGCUGUUCGCGCCUGUUGGCCGACUACGGCAAAGAGUUUACCGUGAAGACGCGCAUCGGCAUCUACAACAACAAGCUGAUCGCGCACGAGAUGGUGCCAAAGUUUGAGGACUGGGGAGCGAGCCUGAUCACGAUCCACGGGCGGACGAAGGAGCAGCGCUACACCAAGCGGGCCGACUGGGAGUAUCUGCAGCAGUGUGCGACCCAGGCCCAGUCCGUGCCGGUGUUUGGCAAUGGGGACAUCUUUGGCUACGAGGAUUACGAACACAUUCGCACCAAGUGCCCUAACAUUGCCGGCGUAAUGGUGGGCCGUGGGGCGCUGAUUAAACCGUGGGUGUUUCAGGAGAUUAAGGAGCGGAAAACGCUCGAUCCGUCCAGCGGGGAGCGGUUCGAGAUGCUGAAGCGGUACGUGAACUACGGGCUGGAGCACUGGGGCAGCGAUACGAAGGGUGUGGAGACGACGCGGCGCUUCCUGCUCGAGUGGCAAUCGUUCCUGUACCGCUACGUGCCGUACGGGCUGCUGGAGCGGCCGCCGCAGCGCAUCAACGAGCGGCCGGAUGCGUACCGCGGUCGGGACGAUUUGGAAACGCUGAUGGCAUCGCCCAAUUGUAACGAUUGGGUGAAAUUAAGUGAGAUGCUGCUUGGACCUGUACCGGAAGGAUUUAACUUUGUGCCGAAACACAAAGCCAAUGCCUACUGAAAGGGGGAAACGAACGUAAGUGAAUGUUGUUUUGCUUUCAAAAUUCCUACUUCUCUUUCGAAGGCAGCAAAGGAAAGGAUGUAAAUAAAGUUGUGCAAAUGAACAAAGCGAA